UCAACGUAGACACUAUUCACACCACACACGUCACAGUCGCUCCCAGCAACGAGAAGGGUUUGCAAGUAGAGCUAGGGACAGGCGUAGAAGAAUUUCAUAUCAAUAGCGCCACCAUGGCGGACUCUGAUCUCACGCCCAAGUUUGCGCCCUUCUUGGGCAUGGCAGGCAUCGCAUUCGCCAUGAUCUUUGGGUGCAUAGGCGCGGCAUACGGCACAUCGAAAUCAGGCAUUGGCAUAGCAGGAGUUGGUACUUUCAGAGGCGACCUGAUAAUGAAGUCCUUGAUCCCGGUCGUCAUGUCCGGUAUCAUCGCCGUGUACUCCCUCGUUGUCGCCGUCCUUAUCGCCGGCAACAUGAAGCCUCCACCUCAGCAACACUACAGUCUUUUCGAAGGCUGCAUGCAUUUAGCUUGCGGUCUAAGUGUCGGCUUGACAGGCCUGGCUGCAGGUUAUGCAAUAGGGAUAGUGGGUGAUAGUGGAGUGAGAGCAUAUAUGCAGCAAAGCCGCAUUUUCGUGGGCAUGGUGCUGAUAUUGAUCUUCGGAGAAGUGUUGGGAUUGUAUGGAUUGAUCGUGUCUCUGAUCUUGAACACAAGAGCAUCGGGCUAGAUGGCGCCUAUGAUAUGUGGUGAUCGUGAUUGCGGUCAUGACGCUCACCACGCUACUAGAAGCCACUGCGAUACUGUCUCCGAGUGUUAUCAGCACCGACAACUUCUUGAUUAUGCAGCGCGAGAUACUCGUACAGUCUGCGGACCAGCAUUGGUUGAAGAGAGGCUAGCGCCGGCAUCGCCCGUGCAACGGACUUCCA